AUGGCCCUAAACGGUCAGCUUUUCGCACGCGGUCAUUGGUUGGCCCCGGAGAUUCUCGGAACCCGCAUCCACGAAGCAAGAGUCUCCACUAUGCAAAAAAAAAAAAAAUUAAACACCAGAAAAAAAAAAGAGAGAAAAUAUCUGUUUCAACACAGAAAUAAAGUCACUUUAUUUAUACCAAACACCAGUCUUCACACACCCAAGCAUGUUGUCCAGAACACUCAAAAGCAAUUUGCGUCGCUUGCCCAAGGCCGCCGCUUGUGGCGCCAAGGCCACGCCAUCAACCAUUGCCAGAACUUUGGUCACGAAAACGGCUGCCCCAAGAUUGGCCUCGAUGCCAAGAUUGACUUUUCACAGAUUUGCCUCCACUUCCGUCAAAGUCCCCGAGAUGGCCGAGUCCAUUUCUGAAGGUACCUUGUCUGCAUUUAACAAGGAAGUGGGUGACUUUGUCAACCAGGACGAGCUUGUUGCUACCAUCGAAACCGACAAGAUUGAUGUCGAGGUCAACGCGCCAGUGUCCGGUACUAUCACUGAGCUUUUAGUAGCUGUUGAGGAUACUGUGGAGGUUGGCCAAGAGAUCAUCAAGAUCGAGGAAGGCGAUGCUCCAGCAGGCGGUGCCAAGAAGGAGGAGGCACCUAAGCAGGAGUCUAAGGAUGAGGCCCCAAAGAAGGAAGAGGCCCCAAAGAAGGAGGAGCCCAAGAAGGAGGCUAAGAAGGAAGAGCCCAAGAAGGAGUCCAAGGAGACCGCUUCUUUCACCGCCUUCUCCAGAACCGAGGAGAGAGUGAAGAUGAACAGAAUGAGAUUGAGAAUCGCUGAGCGUCUUAAGGAGUCGCAGAACACCGCCGCCUCGUUGACCACGUUCAACGAGGUCGACAUGUCCAACUUGAUGGACAUGAGAAAGUUGUACAAGGAUGAGAUCUUGGACAAGACCGGCAUCAAGUUCGGCUUCAUGGGUGCCUUCUCCAAGGCCGCCGCCUUGGCCUCUAAGGAGAUCCCUGCCGUUAAUGCCUCCAUCGAGAACAACGACACCAUGGUGUUCAGAGACUACAUGGACAUUUCCAUUGCCGUGGCCACGCCCAAGGGUUUGGUCACCCCUGUCGUCAGAAACGCCGAGUCCUUGUCGAUCUUGGGUGUCGAGCAGGAGAUCAACAGAUUGGGUAAGAAGGCCAGAGACGGCAAGUUGUCGUUGGAGGACAUGGCCGGUGGUACUUUCACCAUUUCCAACGGAGGUGUCUUUGGCUCCUUGUACGGAACGCCAAUCAUCAACUUGCCUCAAACCGCUGUUUUGGGCUUGCAUGGUGUCAAGGAGAGACCUGUCACUGUCAAGGGCCAAAUCGUCUCCAGACCAAUGAUGUACCUUGCAUUGACUUACGACCACAGAGUCUUGGAUGGCCGUGAGGCUGUCACUUUCUUGAAGACCAUCAAGGAGUUGAUCGAAGACCCAAGAAAGAUGUUGUUGUCUGCCUAGAUGCACCACAGUUCCUGCAUUACUAGAUAGUUAGCUGACACGGACGAGUGAAUAGUUAACGAGAUUAUCCUGAGAAAGUUCAAGCUGUAGUUUACGAUGAGGACAUUGUAGCGCCCAGAUGCUGUAAGUGAAAUGGGGUGUCUGUUUCGGUGAGAUUGACGGGAUGUAUUGUGAGGUUGAAGGUUCUCACAACGA